AUGACUGAGGCAGAGUUCUACACAGUGUACAAGGGGGUCUGGAUGGCUGCACGUACACACCCUCCAGAGAGCCUGAAAUACUUUGAGGAGUUUUCUUUUCGCUCAGAUGAUAUCAUCAUUGUAACAUAUCCCAAGUCAGGUACAACAUGGAUGCAAGAGAUUGUCCCUCUGAUCAUGAGUGGAGGAGAUCCAGCUUCUGUGGAGACUCUUCCUAACUGGCAGCGUGUUCCUUGGCUGGAGUUGGAUCUGUCCAGCACACUUAACCUUGAACAGAGGCCAUCUCCACGCAUGUUAGCUACACACUGCACCUAUAACAUCAUGCCACCAUCCUUCUUUAAAGCCAAGCCAAAGGUCAUCUACGUCACGAGGAACCCCAAAGAUGUGUUCACAUCGUCCUUUCACUAUUAUGGGAUGGCAUCCUACCUGGUGAACCCAGGCCCACAGCGCGAGUUCCUCCACAAGUUCCUUGAGGGGAAAGUUAAUUUUGGCUCAUGGUUUGAUCACGUUAAAAGCUGGCUGAAUGCUGAGGAUAAAGAACGCAUAAUGUACAUCUCCUACGAAGAGAUGAUAAUGGACCUGAAGGACUCUGUGUCCAGAAUCGCUCAGUUCUUGGAGAAAACUCUGGAUGCUGAGGUGAUGGAGAAGAUUGCAGAACUUUGUUUGUUCAAGAACAUGAAGCUCAACAAAAUGUCCAACUACUCUAAAAUUCCUCCUGAAAUCAUGGACCAGACAAAGUCUGAAUUUCUCAGGAAAGGAGUUGCCGGAGACUGGAAAAACCAACUAACUGUGGCAGAAGCAGAGUGCUUUGAUGCAGUUUACAAAGACAAAAUGAAAGAUGUCAAAUAUAAAUUUGUAUGGGAUUAA